AUGGAUGACAGUAAUGAUUCAGUUGAAACCAAAGAAAAAGCAAUUAAACUAUAUAAUCAACUUACACAACUGUGGAAAAAAGCGGGAAUGACCGCAAGAAAAUGGAUUUCUAAUUUAAAGACAGUGAUAGAAUGCAUUUCUAUUGAAGCUAGACCAGCAAAAAUAAACAUAAAAAUAGAGAACUUACCGACAGUGAAAAUACUAGAUGUAUUUUGGGAAGCAGCCGAAGAUAUGUUUACAUUUAGUUACACUCUACCGUCAAAACCAGUUACGAGUAAACGGCUGCUCUUAAAGUACAUCUCAAACCUCUUCGAUCCACUUGGAUUCUUGUCUUCUUUCGUCAUUCGAGCAAAAAUAUUAUUUCAAGAACUAUGGACGUUAGGAGAAGAUAAGGAUGAAAAGCUACAAGAAAAAAAUAAAACAAAAGGAACGUUAAGUUCUUAUGUUUUGUCAAAAACUCGUGUUGUUCCACUAAAUUUAGUUAACAUUCCAAGAUUGGAGUUAACGAGUGCAGUAUUAGGGUUAAAACUUGCGCUCUCCGUCAUAGAAGCUUUGCCUUGCACAAUAAAAAUGGAGAAUGUUACUCUGGUCGGAUAUUGGAGAAAUCCAGUUUACUCAAAUCCGAAACAAUGGCGUUACGUACCGACAGGGCAAAACCCUGCGGAUUCGUCAUUUAGAGGAGUAAAAAUAAACAACUUACAAAAAAGUAACUUGUGGUGGACUGGGCAUGAUUUUAUCCAACAAGAGGAAUCCCAAUGGCCAACAAAGGAAUUUGAAGAAAUCGAAGACAAAUUAAUUCUAGAAGUAAAGAAUAAUUUUACUUUAAUGACUAUUAAAUCCAAAAAAAAUAGCGAUGAUCGGCAUUUGGAACCAACCCGUUACUUAAGAUGGAGAAAGUUAAAACGAGUUUUAGCCUGGGUACAAAGAUUCCAACAUAACUGUUUUGAAAAACAUUUAUCAUCAGGAACACUCUCAACAGAAGAAAAUAAUGAUGCAGAAACAAAAUUAAUAAUAAGUGCUCAAAAAAGUAUAUACACGGAAGAGUACAAUCAAUUGAUAAAUAAUAAAGAAAUUUCAAAAACUAGUUGCUUAUUAAAAUUAUCGCCACGAAUAGAUGAAAAUAAAAUGUUAAGAUACGACAGUCGAUUAAAAAUGAUGAGUUUCUCUCAUUCAAUACAAGAAUACCCAAUUAUUCUGCUAAGACAUAACCACAUAACCAAGUUGAUCGUAAAAGAUUGUCACGAAGCAGGACAGCAUAUAUGA